AUGCGAUUGAGUGGCGCAGUCGUUGCGUUCUCUGCGCGACUCACCAAGUACCCGUUGUGUGAGUCUAGCUGUGCUUUUCUUCUUCCGCGUCAGUCUAGUCUUCGUCAACCGUCUGCGUCCAUAACCAGCAAGGCUGUUCGCGGUGAAGUCAUCAAGCCUGCGCCGUUUCCGUAUCGUAAGAAGAAAUUUGGCUCUCUCCAGUCAUGGUAUGACCGGACUUCGUCCCGCAUGGACGAGAACUCCAAGGUGAUCGUAGUCGAUGGACCACCGGCUGCCGGUAAGACCGAGGUAGCUAAAGAAAUCGCAGAGCUCCUGGAUUUCUUGUAUGUCCCCGAGGCACACACGGAUCUGGUCUACAUCAACUCCUACGGCUACGACAUGAAGCAACUGGACCCGCAAUUGCCGCCUCGUGCUAGAAGCUUCACGAUGGACGACUUCAACAAGAACCCGUUUGACGAGCGUGCUGCGCACCUGCAGCUGUUGAUGUACAAAAUGCGGUACUUGCAGUACAUCGACGUGCUCACCCACGUUCUCAACACUGGACAAGGCGUCGUGUUGGACCGAUCGGUGUACAGCGACAGUGUUUUUCUCAAUGCGAUGACGAAGAACGGUUACGUGUCCAAGAAAUUCAGAUGGGCCUACAACGAGCUUCGAAGAACCACUAUCCGUGAACUAAUGCGGCCUCAUCUCGUCGUUUACCUUGACGUUUCCGUGGACGAAGUGCUUAAGCGACUGAAGAAGCGCGGGGAAGAGAACUCCAAAGCAUUGACCAAACAAUACGUAAGCGACUUGGAGAACUUUUACAAACACGAAUACCUCAAGGGUAUCGAGGAACAUGCGCAUUUGUUGGUGUACGACUGGAACGAAGCCCCAGAGGCCGGUGAUGUCGAAGGGAUGAUUGAGGAUAUAGAGCGAUUGGAGUUUGCCAAGCACGAAGAAGAUGAGCAUGAUCCGAAGAUGAAGGACUGGUGGUGGCCAGUCGAGGAGGAGUUGGCCGAGAAGCGAUACAAGUAUUCUUCUAAAAGAGAGGAGCUCAUGAGCUAUUUCAUCAUGCCUGGUGCUUUCUACGACUGUCCUGAAGUGUGGCUUUCGUCCGAAGAAACUGAGACCUUUCAGCGCAUUUGGGAAAACGCUCCUGGACACAAGUACUUUCCGGGAUACAAUGCGAGCAUGGGUGACACGAAUCUGCUCUUCAAGUAUAAGUCGGAUUAUCGAUUGCACACGUACCAGCCUGCACGGAGAAGUUGGUGGAUCCCGGAGAAGUGA